AUAAUUAUUUUUUCAAAUUAGACGAUGGAGAAUUUUGAAAUGGCAAAAGCAAAACGGACAAAACGCGAGGGCGUUCUCUCACGUUAUUAUUAUUAUUAUUAUUAUUUUUAAAUAAAAAACCAAUAAAACAGAUACGAAUGCAAAGGGAAACACUGAAACAUCGUUUGGCAAGCGAGAAAAUAAAUUUAAUUUUGGCAAAGUUCGACUGUGACCCUUCUGUCCCUCUUCCAGACCCAGCGAAGAAAAGCAUCUCCUCUCUUUUGAAGGGGGAACACCCAACGGAGAGAAUUCAUAAUAUCGUCGGUUUUUUUUUUUUUGGCGAUUUGUUUGAAUAAUUUAUGGAAGUGGAUACAAUUCAAUGCACGUCAUCUUCGGACGUUGGGAUCUUCGAGGAAGAGAUCCACCACCAUCUUCAUCAGCGUUCUCCGUUUUCUUCAUCCCCGAAGCCCCACACCAAUGUGCUUUCUCCGGCCACCAGCGUCCACGAACUCCUCGAAUGCCCUGUAUGCACCAAUUCUAUGUACCCACCGAUCCAUCAGUGCCAUAAUGGGCACACUCUGUGUUCCACCUGUAAAAUUAGGGUGCACAAUCGGUGCCCCACUUGUAGACAAGAGCUUGGAGAUAUUAGGUGUCUAGCAUUGGAAAAAGUGGCUGAGUCGCUUGAAUUGCCCUGCAAGUAUAGCUCCUUGGGAUGCCUGGAUAUCUUUCCCUACUACAGCAAACUCAAGCAUGAGGCCCAAUGUAUCUUCAGACCAUACAAUUGCCCUUAUGCUGGAUCUGAAUGUUCUGUUGGUGGAGAUAUCCCUUUCCUGGUCACUCAUCUGAGGGAUGAUCACAAGGUGGACAUGCACUCUGGCUCCACAUUCAAUCAUCGUUAUGUCAAGUCUAAUCCUCGUGAAGUAGAGAAUGCGACUUGGAUGCUCACAGUCUUUAACUGUUUUGGUCAUUACUUUUGCCUUCACUUCGAAGCCUUUCAGCUUGGCAUGGCCCCAGUUUACAUGGCGUUCCUUCGUUUCAUGGGUGAUGAGAUUGAGGCCCGGAAUUUCAGCUACAGCCUGGAGGUGGGGGCGAAUGGUAGGAAAAUGAUAUGGGAGGGAACCCCGCGGAGCAUUCGAGAUAGCCAUCGAAAGGUCAGGGAUAGCCACGAUGGCCUCAUAAUUCAGCGUAAUAUGGCACUCUUCUUCUCAGGUGGGGACAGGAAAGAGCUCAAGCUUCGGGUUACAGGACGAAUAUGGAAGGAACAGCAGAACCCAGAUGCUGGCGUGUGCAUACCAAAUCUUUGCAGCUGAGGCAUCUUGGAUUCAUCCAUGCUUUGGCGUUUCUUGUCUUGUGCUUGAUUCACUUGCUUUCACUUUCCUUUGCUGCUUGUAUGUAUGGCUGGCAAGUUUUGUUAGCUUGUUUUCUUGCGAGGGUGGAGAUGUGGGGAUCUUUAAAGUGUGUGAUGCUAAAUGUUUGAAUGUGGGUUUAUAUAUACUGUCUAAUGAAGAUUCUCAGAAAUCUCUCUAUCUAAAUCACCAGGUGGUUGAAUUAAUGAGACCCUAUGUUGUAAACAGUAAUUUUCUGAUCGAUGCAUUUGCAUUUUGCACCUGAUGCUAUGAUCAUGCUAAGAUGAACUGAGUUUUAAGC